GCCCGCACCCCGCCCGGCCUCUUCCGCCGCUGCCGUGGGAAUGGAAACAUCUACCCCACGUACCGGAAGCCAGCUCGCGCAGACGGCAGCGCGCCACUCCGCGUCCUCCCGCGGCGAAGCUCCGCGGGUGUCAUCGCGAGACGAGCUUGCCGAAAUGGCCGCCGCCAGUCAAGGAAACUUUGAGGGAAAGUUUGAGUCACUGGACCUUGCAGAACUUGCUAAAAAGCAGCCAUGGUGGCGCACGCUGUUUGGGCAGGAAUCUGGGCCUUCAGCUGAAAAGUAUAGUGUGGCAACCCAGCUGUUAAUCGGAGGUGUCACUGGAUG